AGAGUUUCAUUGUCUAGAACAAGCCCUACGUGUGAUAUAUCCUCGUGUAUAUUCUUUGACCAAAAUCCUCGUUGUUUUCAUAUCCGCUUCCUUUUCACAUGGAGGUGUCUCCCAGGUGGCAUUGAUUCACGUUUAAUCGUUGCUCUUAUUAAAACGUGAAGAUGUCGGGAGGUUUAGAAGUUUUGAGCUUAAAAGAAGACGAUGUCACGAAAAUGUUGGCUGCUUUUACACAUAUUGGUACCGAGAACGUAGAUUAUCAGAUGGAGCAGUAUGUGUAUAAGCGGCGAAGUGAUGGUGUGCACAUUAUCAACCUGAGGAAAACGUGGGAAAAAUUACUUCUGGCUGCUCGUGCCAUUGUUGCAAUUGAGCAUCCGUCCGAAGUGUUUGUAAUUUCAUCUCGUAACUACGGCCAGCGUGCGGUUUUGAAGUUUGCAGCUCACACUGGUGCAACACCUAUUGCUGGUCGUUUCACCCCAGGAGCCUUCACCAACCAAAUUCAGGCUGCCUUCCGUGAACCACGUCUUCUGAUUGUAACAGAUCCUGCAGUUGACCAUCAGCCCAUAACAGAGGCAUCUUAUGUCAAUAUUCCUGUUAUAGCCCUGUGUAAUACUGAUUCCCCAUUACGUUUUGUGGAUAUUGCAAUACCGUGUAACAACAAGAGCACACAUUCCAUUGGGCUGAUGUGGUGGCUGCUUGCAAGGGAAGUUUUGAGAUUCCGUGGUUCCAUACCUCGCGACGGGAAAUGGGAUGUUGUUGUUGACUUGUUCUUCUGGAGGGACCCAGAGGAGGCUGAGAAAGAGGAGGUAAUUAAGGAAAUGCUGGUCCCUGCGAAGCCAGAGAUUCCAGACUUCACUGCUGCUGCUGCUGCCACUGCAGAUAGUUGGGCUCAGGAACCAGUUGCUCCAGAAGCAGCAGCUGCAGCUGCCACUACCUGGAGUGAAGAUGUUCCUGUGGCACCAGCUGUUCCAGGUGCUCCAGCACCAGCUGCAUUUCCUGCCAGUGAAGAUUGGGCAUCACAGGUUCCUGAAGACUGGGCACCGCAGGCAGCGGCAGCCCCUACUGCUGGAGCUGCUGAGUGGGGAGGCUCUACUAAUUGGGCAUAAUUUCUGUAUGGAAUGUGUACACAAUUGUAAUAAAGGUGGAAAACUUUGAUAAA